AUGUGCAAGUGUGUGAAGGUAUAUGCAGCCUUGCAGCCCUGGGGAAGCAGGAAGGCGCUGGCGAAUCCAGGCAUGUGCAGCUCCCGGGUGUCCCCGGAGCGCAUCCCGCCGGCUCCCGGCAGCGCCGGACACCGGAUCCCGGUGUUGCGCGACACGGUGGUGUCCGUUUCCCGCCGGGAGCACGGCCAGGCGCCGCGGGCAGGACGGGACAGGUCCCGCUGGGAUGCGAUCCGGGAUCCCGGCGAAUUUCCUCGCUCGGAGCCGCUUCCCCAAAUCCGUCUCAUCCUUCAGCGCCGCUGGGAAGGAGCGGGGAUGGGCCGACAGGUUCAGCGCCGCCGGCUGCGACGGCUCGGAGGAGCACGCGUUCAAGCACCCCUUCCUGCAGCCCUGAACAUGACGAGCGCCUCCAGCUUCCAGAUGCUGCGCGGCUCCGUCAUCAUCUUCACCGGCCUCCUCUCCGUGGCCUUCCUGGGCCGCAGGCUGGAGCUGAGCCAGUGGCUGGGGCUCCUGGUGACCAUCGUGGGGCUGGUGGUGGGGGGGCUGGCCGACCUGCGCGGCACCCACGAGGAGAAACGACAGCUCAGCCAGGUGAUAACGGGGGACCUGCUCAUCGUCAUGGCGCAGGUGAUCGUGGCCAUCCAGAUGGUGCUGGAGGAGAAGUUCGUCUACAAGCACGACGUGCACCCGCUGCGGGCGGUGGGCACCGAAGGCUUCUUCGGCUUCGUCAUCCUGGCGCUGCUGCUGGUGCCCAUGUCCUACAUCCCGGCGGGCGGCUGGAGCGGGACGCCGCGGCCUGCCCCAGGGCUUUCCGAGCUGCUGGAGAAUCCUGUGUGCGGGGACACGUCCCCUUGGGCCCCUGGGACCAGGGCGCUCGCUCCACGCGCCCCGUAA